AUGGAAUCCAGCGUUGGAGUCGGUUCAACAGAAGCAGGACCAGUUGCUGGAACUGAUACUACUAUAGUCAUUGGUACGUCUAAUCGACUGGAGGAUAGUGAACUUGUGCCGUGGACAGGAACCGAAGUUAAUCUCCAAUCAUCUAUUCCUGAAUUCCAGCCUGCUACUCCUAUGGAUCCCAUGAUGAUAGAAGUCACUCGGAUUCUUAGCUUGGCCCCGCCGUCUUCUGAAGCUUUAAUUGAAAAAGCCUCUGAUGUAGCGGGUGCAUCAACAACUACCAUUCCUGAAUCAACCUUGGUUGUUCCGGAAAUCAGGUUACCAUCCUCGGGUGAACUAAGUCAUGCUGAAGGUUCUUCCAUCGAACUUGUUCCUUCAUCAUCAUUAUCAGAUCGCAUCCGAGCUUUGUUAGCAGACGAGGAUCCGGAUAAAGCCGGCAUUUGCUCUGAUCUCGACGGCUUCAUCUCCUUUUUGAAUUCUAUGGUUGAUCGUAUUCUCUCCAAAGGAUCGCGAUUUGAGAGUUUUAAGAAACCUCUUGACCGCUAUAUAUCAGGGAUCCGUGAUGAAGGAUAUAAUGAUUUAGCCGAUUCGAUCAACGCCUACAUGGUUGACUUGAAGCAACAUGUUGACCUUCUGAGGGGUCUUCGCACUGAAAGCGUACCUUCCUACAUUGCUUCUCGCAUGGACUCCAAGCUACAAGCGUUGCGUGAUUCCCAAACAUCAGCUAAUCUCGAGCUCCAACAGCUAAGAGCCCACAGCGAUCAACUUAGGAUGAAUGUUGGCAAGAGAAUACAAGCCCAGGUUAACCUACGUCGGGAUUUAGAAUCGAGUCGAGCAGAAAUAGCUCGCUUAGAGGAGGAACUUGCAAUGGCCAAGGAUGCUCAUGAUGUCUUGGAGUCCGAGUUGAAGCGGGAAAUUCACACUGAAGGCAACUUAUUACAGCAACUGAACCUUCAAGAUCAAAUGAUUGCUGAAAAGGAACAAGAGAUCGCCGCGCUUCACAACGUUGACGAAGAAGCCUUUAAAAUCAAAUUGGCAGCUGAGCUUGAACAGGCUCGUGCGUUAGAGCUGUCAAAACUUGAAAAUCAGAUUAGUCAGUAUAAACUUUUGUAA